UCCAUCUCUGCUGCAGCAUGGCUCCGAAGAAGGUGGAACCGAAGAAGGCAGAGGUGAAGAAGGUGGAAGCGAAGAAGGAGGAGCCCCCUCCUCCUCCCAAGCCUGUGGAGCCCAAACCUCCAGAGGUAGACCUGAAGAGUAUCGUGGUGGAGUUUACCCCAGACCAGAUUGAGGAGUUCAGAGAUGCCUUCUCACUGUUUGACGAGACACCCAGUGGAGAGAUGAAGAUCACCUACGCUCAGUGUGGCGACGUCAUGAGGGCGCUCGGACACAACCCCACCAACGACGAGGUGCUGAAGCUGCUGGGGAGGCCCAAGGCAGAGGAGAUGAAUGUCAAGCUGCUGGACUUUGACGGUUUCCUGCCCAUGCUGCAGCACGUGGCACGCUCCAAAGAGCAGGGCAACUUCGAGGACUUCAUAGAGGGUCUGAGGGUCUUCGACAAGGAAGGUAACGGCACAGUGAUGGGGGCGGAGCUCCGUCACGUUCUGGCCACGCUAGGAGAGAGGAUGACUGAGGAUGAGGUGGAUCGUCUCAUGGUGGGACAAGAGGAUGCCAAUGGACACAUAAACUAUACGGAGUUUGUAAAGCACAUCCUGGCUGCAUAGGAACCAGAGGGAAUGUUUGGGAUGUGGAAACGUUGAUCCAGAUGUGUUCCUGUAAUAAAACAUCCGCACUUUGA